AUGGAAUCCACGACGGGAUCUCCGAGCUCUGGUGCACCUGGUGCGAUUCGCACGCGCAAUAAACCUCUCACUAACAUCACCAAACGGGCUUGCGACCAAUGCAAGUUCCGCAAGAUCAAGUGCAGCUUGUCUCAACCCUGCAAGGCUUGCCAGUCUAUGGGAUUUGAUUGCACAUUCCUACAACCACAAAAGAAGCGCGGGCCAACCGGACAUCGCGUGUCACAAAUCCGACAGCAACAAACUCAUCUCGCCCCGAAUACACCCCAAGACAACCAAAUUGGUAAACCCGAUGCCUUUCAAUAUCAUGUUCCAGCUACAUCGGUAGAUCCUAGCCAACCCAUUUCUUUGCCGGGAUCGUCCUGGACGACCCCCGAUGUCCCGAUACCGGUGAAUGGUGCCACAGGCCUAGUGCCAUCACCGGUGGUGGACGCUUGGGGGUCCGAGAACACAUCAUUGGAUUCUCAUGGCAGUAGCGUGGUAGGCUGGAAUGACCAGCAAGAUGUGGAAUACUGGCUACCAGAUAAUCUGGGCGCGCAGGUACCCGUCUUUGAAUUCCCUGGAAGCAAUAUCUAUCUCAAGCCAUCCCUGCCAUCGAUUAUCCAGCCAGUAUCUGAUGUCCCAGCGAUGAACAUGCACCCGCAUGAACACCAGAAUAUUUAUUCUCCAGCGGUUGGAUCCGUAGGGUCAUUACCCUCCGACAACCACGAGGGAGGAGACUUCUGGCCGGCCUCCAUCAACGAAGCGAACAUGAUUCCUUGGAUUGAUGUAUACUUUGACCGGUUGCAUCCCACUGUUCCCGUGUUAAGUCGGGCUUCUUUAUUCACGCGUAUGAUGUCCCAAGAGCAUCGCAAAAACUCUCAGUUCGGAGCAAUGACCCUUUCUCUGUGCGCAUUUUCACUCACCCAGCCAAUUGAAAUCAACGAGCGCCCGACUUCGUCUCGCGCCACCCAAGCGCGUCUGAUGAUGCACGAGGCGACUAAGAUGCGAAGCUGUUCCGACUUUGGUGAACAUCCCACUAUCGAGGCCGUUUUGACAAGUUUUUUCCUCUUUGGCUGUCUAUUUGGGAGCAACCAGCAUAAUGCGGCUUGGCUUCGGAUGCGAGAGGCCUUGGAUCUUGCCUCCACACUGGGUUUGAAUGACCCCAAUUCAUAUCGCGAUCUUCCUGGUGAAGAGAAAGGCCAACGUCUAAGAACUUAUCUUGUGUUGUCCAUUACAGAAAGAGCGUAUGCCCUUCAAAAACUCCAUCCAGUGACAUUUUCGGGGAAACCUGGAUUCAGCAUGCGUUCUGUGCACGAAUUCCUACAUAAUGCCACCCAUAGUCUUGUCUCCGGUAUUAUCGUCCACAACGAGAAAGACGCUGAAGGUAUGAUGGGUCUUGCAAGAAUGAUGGAAUUGUUCGAUGCCAUCGACGAAGAUUUCAUUCAUUGCUGGAAUCGACGGUGCGAAAUCAAUACCGGCUUUUGCCAAAAGUUCACCGAAACCAAGGCAUUAUCUAUGCAUGAAAGCCUUGCGAGAGUCAGCCAAGCUGAGAGAUACAAAGGAUAUGAUUGGUUCGAGCGCGCAAAAGGCAAUGAUAAUGACAGCAAUGCUCUUCUGGCGAUUGGCCUGCGAGAGACACAAGCCGCAGAUAUUUUCAUUACGCAGAAAUGGAUUCAUAAUCGUGUGUGGCUUCUCUGUCUGAAUCACGGCCUCCUCAGAGCGAAUCCGGAGCGACCCGAAAUGAGCUUCAGCUACUCAGUCACCAUCGCAGAAUCGGCACUUCAAACAUGUCGAUCAUUGAGACUAAGCUCAAUGGAAGCUCAUGGCAUCGGCCUGACCGAGAAAUUGUACGAUAUCGCUGUUGGGGCUACUGACAUCCUUUGUAAUAUCAGCCCUCCCUAUGGUACAGGAAUGACUCCCCUGGGAGCCUUUCCUGAAUCAAUCUCCCCAACCACAACACCGCAGUCUUUGGCAGAAGACUUCCUACUUCUCAUGAGAAGCUUCCGGGGUGGGAAUCAUCCGUUCUUGGAGAAGUACCAAGCCCAUUUACAUUCGCUGCACAUUCCCACGGGCAAGGCUUCAGGCUGGGCACAGCAUUGA